AUGUCUGCCUGGACAAGCACUUGGGCCGAAGUGCCUGGACCUGAUCCGAUUCCGAUUGUGGGGAUGUUGAGAUUGGCUGUCAUGUACUCUGCCAAACGGUGCGGGAUACAUUCGAGCACCAGCAUUGAGCACCCCAGCUCCUGCAAAAACUUGGCUUCAUUGAAGAUAUUUGCGGCGUCAUGGGCCUUCUUACCCUGGACUUUGUAUCCUCCCGUUGCAUUGAAUUGCUGGGGCUUGAGUCCAAUAUGGCCUGUGAUGGGGAUUCCUAUUUCCACGAGUCUUUUGAUCUGGGCAGCGUGCUCAAACCCACCCUCAAUCUUCAGCGAUCCUAUCUUUCCCAGCUUCAUCAGCUUGACCGCCGACUCAACGCACUGGGACACGCUCGCCUCGAAAGAGCCAAACGGCAGAUCUGCAAUCACGUACUUCUCGUGCACUCCACGAAGCACAGACUUGCACGUAUAG